UGCAAAUCAGAACAACUGACUUCAACCUUUCUGUCUACUACAGCAGUUUAAUUCGAAUCAAUUGGCUGUACAAUUUGCAUUCCUUUGUUGCUGCAAAUAAUUUAUUCACUCGCUUACACACCUUUCCCCAACUACAAUUGUUAAUUAAGUAUACACAAUGUCUGAGACUCAAGUGAAACGCUGCGUUUUGGCCUACUCUGGUGGUCUCGAUACCUCCUGCAUUCUCGCCUGGUUGAUUGAACAAGGAUGGGAAGUCAUUUGCUACAUGGCCAACGUUGGUCAAGAAGAAGACUGGGAAGCUGCCCGUGAGAAGGCUCUGAAGGUCGGUGCUAAAAAGGUGUACAUUGAGGAUCUUCGUGAGGAGUUCAUUCGUGACACUGUCAUUCCUGCUGCUCAAUGCAAUGCCAUCUACGAGAACGUUUACCUUUUGGGUACUUCGUUGGCUCGUCCUAUCAUUGCCCGUCGUCAAAUUCAAAUUGCCGAAAAGGAGCACUGCAUUGCUGUCUCCCAUGGUUGUACUGGUAAGGGAAACGACCAAGUUCGUUUUGAACUUGCGUUUUACGCUUUGAAGCCUGAUGUUAAGGUUAUUGCUCCUUGGCGUGAGCCUGUUUUCUUUGAGCGCUUCGCUGGUCGUAAGGACUUGUUGGAGUACGCUGCACAAAAGGGAAUUCCCGUUGCUCAAACCACUAAGAAGCCCUGGUCUAUGGACGAGAACUUGGUUCACUGCUCUUACGAAGCUGGUAUUUUAGAGGAUCCCAGCCAAGCUCCCCCUACCGACAUGUGGAAGCUCUGUGUCGACCCCAAGGACGCACCUGAUGAGGCUGAAGACUUGGAGAUCCACUUUGAAAAGGGUGUUCCCGUCAAGCUUAUUUGCAAGGAUGGUGAGUUCACCGAUCCUCUUCCUCUUUUCCUCCAACUCAACACUAUCGCCCGUCGCAACGGUGUCGGUCGCGUCGACAUUGUUGAGAACCGUUUCUCUGGUUUGAAGAGCCGUGGUUGCUACGAAACACCCGGUCUCACCAUUUUGCGUACGGCUCACAUGGACUUGGAGGGUCUUACUAUGGAGCGUGAGGUUCGCGCUCUUCGUGACCAAUUCGUCACCUUCAACCUUGCCAAGAUCCUUUACAACGGUCAAUUCUUCUCCCCCUCCACUCGUAUGCUGUUGGCUGCCAACGCUGUUUCGCAAGAGGUUGUUAAUGGUGAGGUCAAAUUGAGCGUGUACAAGGGCAACGUUACGAUCAAGGGUCGCAAGUCCGAGACCGCUCACUUGUACGAUGAAAAAUUGUCGUCUAUGGAUGAGCUCGGUGGCUUCGAUCCUACUUGGACCUCUGGUUUCAUUGCCAUCGAGUCUAUGCGUCUUCGCAACUCUGAUGAGGCCAAGCAUUGGCUGUAAGCAUAGUUUGUCAUGUGCUUCCCGAAUAACGGGAAUGUUUAAUGAUAAAAGUGUUAUGCGUUCAUGUCAUGAAAAAUAAAAUAUGAAUUACUUUUGAGCAUGGGAAUGAAUGGAAAGGGUGGUGACAACAAGUAGCGAUUGUGAAAAAAAAAAAAAAAC